UCGCCUUUUCCGUGUAGAAGAAGUAGUUUGUCAGUCGCCCAGUCUCCUCGCUAGACCUCUCAGCAAGGUGGUGUCUGCCCGGCCACCGCCGACGCACGCGACAACUCUGCCCCCAAGACACCCGCCUUGUUCCGGGUCCCUUGACCAAACUUCUUCCCCGGUGAUACCAGCCCGCUGUUUCGGCCAUGGCGACCAGUGCCAAGCGAAAGCAAGAGGAGACUCAUCUGAAGAUGCUCCGGGAAAUGACUAGCCGGCCCGCGAAUAGGAAAUGCUUCGACUGCGACCAGCGCGGCCCGACCUAUGUCAACAUGACAGUGGGCUCCUUCGUCUGUACCACCUGCUCUGGGAUCUUGCGAGGACUGAAUCCCCCACACAGAGUGAAGUCCAUCUCUAUGACCACAUUCACACAUCAGGAAAUUGAGUUCCUACAGAAACAUAGCAAUGAGGUCUGUAAACACAUCUGGUUGGGCCUCUAUGACGACAGGACAUUGGUUGUUCCAGAUUUCCGAGAGCCACAGAAAGUAAAAGAGUUCCUUCAGGAAAAAUAUGAAAAGAAAAGAUGGUAUGUUCCUCCAGACCAGGCAAGGGCAGUAGUAAGUGUCCAGGCCUCUGUGUCCGGCUCCUCAGCCAGCAGCACUGGUAGUACCCCAGAAGUCCAACCCCUCAAGACCCUGCAGCUCAACAAGACCCCACUGCGCCAGUCUCCAGGGCUAGGUCGUUCCCAGGCUCACAGCGCUGCCCAGGAGAAGAAGUUUGACUUGCUCUCGGACCUAGGAGGAGAUAUCUUUGCUGCUCCACCCACUCAAACUUCGAGCUCUACCAACUUUGCCAACUUUGCACAUUUUCCAAGCCAGUCAGCACCUCAGGGUAAUUCAAAUACCAACUUUGCCAACUUUGAGGCAUUUGGAAACACUGAAAUUCCAUCCCAUCUGAGCACGUCACCCCCCUCAAAGUCCUUUUCAUCAGGGGGAGGUGUGCCAAUCCCAUCAAUGUCUAGUGCCGUCCCCACCCAGUCCCACACAGGGAGCACAGAGGAUCGCUAUGCUGCUUUGGCUGAGUUGGACAACAAGCUUAGCGUCACUGUCUCCACAGGCAGCAAUGUGCAAGGGAACAUAUUUGGACCAGUGCUUGGUUCAUCACCAGCCCAGAAUCCACCUGUGUUACCCAGCAUGCAGCCUGGCUUUGGAGCCGUCCCAUCCACAAAUCCCUUUGUUGCUGCCGCCGUUGCCCCAGAGAUGGCCACCAACCCUUUCCAGACCAAUGGCAGAGCUCCUUCUGCAGCCUCGUUUGGUACUGGCUCUAUGAGCAUGCCUGCCGGCUUUGGGAAUGCGUCUUCCUACUGCCUGCCGACCAGUUUCAGCGGAAACUUCCAGCAGCAAUUCCCUGGCCAGGCCCCCAUCCCUUACUCUCAACCUGGGGCCUACCACCCUCAGUCUAAUGGCCCUGCAUUCCCAGUCUACGGUCAAAACAAGCCCUCCAUGACGCCCUUUGGGCAGCCCAUGGCUGGACCUGGCUUGUCCAAUAACCCAUUCAUGGCGGGAGCCCCAGCUGGGUCAUUUCCUUCAGGGGGUUCAUCCACCAACCCUUUCCUGUAGCACAGCUCCCAGUCCUCGCCACCAGAGGGCAGCAUGCAGCACAUAUUCAACGCACCCAUUCCGUCAUGCAAUUAGACGCAGUACAUUUUUAAAAAAAGACUUUGUUUUGUUUUUUCAUAAAAAAAAGUUUACAACACUAUGAAGGAGUGCAAAGGACUAUAUUGAAGACUAAGGGACUGUUAUGGGGGGAAAUGUACUGUUUGGACUAUAUACAAUACAUUAUAUGCUUUUUAUUUUUAGUUUGACUAAGCUUUGUGCAUAUCAUCAUUUGUAAUCACAAUUAAGUACAUGUUAUGUAUAACAAGGACUGAGUUAACAUGGGUGAGUAUACACACACCUUGUGGAAAAAACCCCACUACAAACUAUCUACUUAGGUAAGGGUAUACACUUUAAGAUUAUUAACAGGGUUCUAUCCAAAUCCUUGAUCUGUGGUUUGAAGCAACCAUGAUGAUGCAGGUAUUUCAUUUUCAAAAGGGAUUUCUUUUUUUUAGCAUAAUUGCUACUAUACUAGCACUAAGGUGCAAAAUGUGCUUUAUUAACUUACAGAUCCAGAUCCAAGUUGCCUAUAACCCAAAGCAACCAAACCCACCUCUUUUUAAAUUAGAAUAAUGUCCCAAGCAGGUAUAUGGGACACCUAUGGGGCAUCCUGGACUCUUAGUCAUCCUUUUUAAAUAUUGCCAAUAUCUGUGAAAUUGUGAAUAAAGAGUAGGGGCUAGUUUGAAGCCAAGGGCAGCUCCUUAAAUAAGAGGCCAGCAGAGACUUAGAUGUUUUAGCCCACCAGGUAAAGGUGUGUCUACUAGAGCACAAAUGAAUGAAAUAGAUGAGAAGUGCAGGCAUUAAGAUGACUAUUUCUUUGUCCUGUUACCCUACCUACUCUAUAAAACAUUGGUAAAAUUGUUAAAUAUACUCAGUAACCUCUCUCCUGCUGGUUGAAAAUGUCAGAGGAGCAAGUUUCAGAUAUUCACUAUAUUUUAUGAAUAUGGUAAAGAUGAAAAGAAAGACUGUUUAGAAAGCUUCAGGUUUGUAGAUGUGACCCAAGUUGGGUUGCCUCAAAACAAGUGACGUAGUUAUUCACAUGGUUGCAGGUGACUGGUCCUCUUGACAGGGAAUGACAGGUUUACCAGACCCUGUCUAGGCAAAAAAUUAACAUUUGAAAAUAAAAUAUUUAUGAAAUGUUUAUGUUGUAUUCACCACAUUCCCUUGACAUCUGUCUUCUUCUUUGCCUUCUGAUUUAAAAAGCUUUUGGAGUGAAGAACAGGAUGAGGAGAAAUAUUGAUCUCCCUUCAGUUUGCUUUAAAAUAAGGCAAGGGAAAAGAACAGAUUCAUUUCGGGAUUAUUACAUUACUGGAUCAGCCUGGGACUCCGGAGAAAUAGGGUCUCAGUUGUGCCACCAAUGACUAACAGUGAAUUUGACAAUGUGUUUCUUGUCUUUACAAGAAUAGGUAAGUAAAUGUGUACAUAUAUAAAUAUAUGUAUAAAUAAAUUAAAAGAUUUUUAACUACAA